AUGUACUAAUGCAUUGUAUUUCCUUCUGAUUAUACGGCAUUUAAAUAAGAAUUGAUAUUAGCAGGAUGUGUUGUGGCUUAUGAAUUGCUGACCUAUCCUAUUGAUUUUAUAGGAAAUAGAAGUAUUUAGAGGGAAACAUAUUUAUCAAAAUCCCUAAUUUAGGAGUCAUCUUUAAUAUACUCUGAAGUAAUUCAUUUCCUUAUUUUUUACGAUUGUUGGUUCAAAGUGUAGUCUAUAUUAUGGAUUAAAAAGCAGACUUGAUUUAUCACUUAGUAAGGUUGUAUUACGAUACUAUAUCUUUAAUUAUUUAUACUUCAAAUAUGCGUUUAAGAAUUACAUCUCACCAAGAUUCAAAGAUGAGGACGAGAACAAAGGAUUUGAUAUUACUCCAGAAAAUUCAACUGUUUAUCCUUUAUUGAGAUAUGCAAAGAUGACAGAUCCAUUAGUAUUAUUAAUAGCAGCAACAUCUAAUUUGAUUGGAAUGAUUGCCUCUCAUCCUAUUAGCAUUUUAAAAGUGAGACUGCAAAAUGAAAUACUAAAAUAGCAUGAGUAUUGUUAAUGUUAAUUUAUUAGAACCAAGAACUAUACCUAGAAGAUGACUGAGAUGACUAGAUCAUGCGGUAAUUAGAUGUGGAUUAAAACCUCUUUUGGUUCUCGCUUUUUAUAUACAUAUUUAUAAUUUAUAGCAGAAAUGGGUCUAUUUUAGUUUUGUUUAAAUAAAUUAGGAUAUGAAUUUAUGAAUGUCUUUAGGCCCAAUUCAGAUUUCAAUGGCAACAUAAUAACUUUGGGAUCCUCUGUGAUAGGAUCUUCCUUGAUUUCAACAUUAUUAUUGCAACCAAUUUAUAUCUACUAAUAAAGGACCAUAUAUUAAGUGAUUACAAAACAGCCAAAAAAAUCAAUCAAAUCAUUUUAUGUUCAAGUAUAUAUAUAUUAUCAAUUAAUGCGCAGCUUUAUUAAAAAGAGAAAGCCCAAGGAUUCUUAAAAGGAUAUAUACAUAAUGCCUUGAGAAGCAUAAGUAGGAAUGGCAUAGCAGUUGGUACAUUGUGGGGUCUUGCAACAAAUGCUAACAAAGAAAGAUUUAGACCAUCAGAGGAUUGA